CAACAACGUUGUUUCGGCUUAUGAUUUCUUGUAUUUGCCUAUGGAUUUCAAGAAUCAUAAAAGCAAAGGAUAUGCAUUCGUGAACUUCACUAAUUAUAGAGCUGUAUGGAGGUUUUUUCACUCAUUUCACAACAAAACAGGUGUGUUCCUUGAAUCUUCAAAAAGCGUCAUGGUUGUUGCUGCUAAGCUCCAGGGGAAGGAAGCCCAGGUGAAGAGGUUUGAGUCGACCAUCUUCAACUGCGAAUCUGAGGCGUUUCUUCCGGUAUGGUUUAGUCCGGCCAGGGAUGGUUCGGGACGUGGUGUGAAGCAUAUGACGGUUGGAAAAUGUGGGAGGAAAACCAUCGUUCCAUCUUCUUUUGGAAAGUGA